CAUGUCUCUCUUUGGCCUCGGCGGCAGAAGCAAGAUGACGAAAGGAACAUCAUCCUUCGGAAAGCGAAAGCGUUGCAACAAGAUGCACACGUUGUGCCGCUGCUGUGGCUCUAAGGUCUACCACCUUCAGAAGUCUACCUGUGGCAAAUGCGGCUACCCUGCCAAACGCAAGAGAAAGUAUAACUGGAGUGCCAAGGCUAAGAGACGAAACACUACCGGGACCGGGCGGAUGAGGCACCUAAAAAUUGUCUACCGAAGAUUCAGACAUGGAUUCCAUGAAGGGACAACCCCUAAACCCAAGAGGGCAGCUGUUGCAGCAUCCAGUUCAUCUUGAGGAUUUCAAUCUGUUAUAAAAUAAAUGUUCUG